AUGGGACAAACCCUAUCCGAGCCUGUUACUGAGAAACAGUCAUCAACAUGUCAGGAUUCAAGAUACCUGGUGGGGUCAUCCUGCAUGCAGGGCUGGCGUGUUUCUAUGGAUGAUUCACACACUCACAUACUGUCAUUGCCCGAUGACCCUGGUACAGCUUUCUUUGGUGUAUAUGAUGGGCAUGGUGGGGCAAAUAUAGCAGAGUAUGCAGGGAAACACCUACAUAAGUUCAUCACAAACAGACCUGAAUACCACCUGGGAAACAUUGAAGAUGCCUUAAAGCAGGGAUUCCUGGACCUGGACCAAGCAAUGUUAGAAGAAGAUAUGCUCCAAGAGAAGGUGGCCGGCAGCACAGCGGUUGUGGUGCUCAUAAAAGAUAACAUGCUAUAUUGUGCCAACGUUGGAGAUUCUCGGGCCAUCGCUAGUGUUAGAGGAACAGUAGAAGUAUUGUCAUAUGAUCACAAGCCCAACAAUGAAGAGGAGCUCCGUAGGAUUACCGCUGGCGGCGGUUGGGUCCAGUUGAACCGGGUGAAUGGCAACCUUGCUUUGUCCAGGGCCCUUGGGGAUUAUGUGUUUAAGAGGAACUACAGGCUAUCACCACAAGAGCAGAUUGUCACGGCUUACCCUGAUGUGCAGGUGCGACAGAUAACGGACGAUUGGGAGUUCAUUGUGAUCGCCUGCGACGGCAUAUGGGAGGUGUUGUCUAACGACGAGGUGUUGUCAUUCUGCCGCGCCCGCUUGCUCAGCGGUUGGCAGCCGGCCGCCGUUUGCGAGGCGCUCAUGCAGCGCUGCCUUGCCCCAAACUGUGCCACUGGUGGCCUAGGCUGCGACAACAUGACAGUGCUGCUGGUCUGCCUGCUACCAUUCCCGAGGCUGGAUCCCAUGGAAACUGUACCAGCAGACCAGCUCCUCAACAACAGAUUUAUGACCAAGAUGGAGGACUUACUCUACGCGGAGGACGAGGAGGAAGAUCUUAAA